GCUUGAUAGUCAUAUUUUUUUUAGUUCUUGCAGCUAUCGGUCCUAACGUACAUGCGUACUAGGUAGCACAAUAUAAACUCGGUUCUAUUUGGUGGUGGGUAUACAGUGUACUUUUACCGACUUGAUAAACAACGGCAGUAUGCCAAGUGCCCGGCAAGCGCUGCUUGAAGAACUCUAUAUAAAUAUAUCGCAGCAUCGCUACUAUUCUCCGUGCCUAUAACGUCACCUGUUAGUGUCAAAAUAAAGUCAACAUGCAACACGGCAAUUCAAACGUGCAUGACAGCGCUCCAACACCAAAGCCUACAAAGUAUCGUCUUGCAUGUGACAGCUGUCAACAAUCCAAGAUUAGAUGCGAUCAGGAACGACCCACAUGUCGCAGAUGCGCAAAGAAGGGCAUGAAAUGUGUUUACAGUCCGGCACGACGCGCUGGGCGCCCACGCACUCGCAAUAUCAGCAAGAACCCCUGCUCUUGCUCCAACACGUCCAAUAUACCCAUUCCAACGCAACCUAUUCCGGAUCCGGCGAUCGACGACUUGGAUUUAUCUUCAUACCAACAAUCAGACGACAACUUCAUGCAGGCGUUGCACGAUUUUACCGACUCACAAGGCGGUGAUCCUAAGGAAAGCCUGGGUUGCUACAUGUCCAUGUCUCCCGAAUAUGAGGUUGCUCCUGGGCUUCUCGAUAUAGGCAUUUGCGGUGCGCCACGAGGACAAAAUCAACAUCAGCAACGACAGGAACAUGAACAACCCAUUCCCGUACCUGUUUUCCUCGAUGAAGAGCCACUAUACUUUGGUUUCCCUUCUCUAGAAGACCAUCAAAUCUGUCAAAUAUCAGACCAACACCAAGAACACGAAUCGAUGGCGACUCUAAGCGUCGACAACGUGGACGUUGCCUGCUUGCAGACUCAGCCACAAGUUUCACAGCCUUCGGAUUACCUCCACUUCUCGACUGGAGAGUGCAAAUGCGUGUCGACCAUCCUUGAUUACCUCUCCACGCCUGCCAGCGGGCUCUCCUCUUCGUUUGCUGCCUCCGCCUUAUCUACCACCAGGAUACUGAUUACUUGCUGCUUCACCGCGAUGGGGUGCCCAAAUGGGUGCCCCACGCGCCCUUCGACUGCGCUUGCCAUCUGCGAAGCCAUUGAUCGAGCCCUCCUUUCACUCAAGUUAGGGAGCACCUCCCUUUGGUCGCUUACGAUGGUGCCUUCCUCAAGUUAUGAGAAAGAAGCACGCUCGUUAUCAUCGUCCCCGUCCUCUUUAAGCAGCACGAGUGGCGGUAGUAGCAACGAGACGUUAGUUUCAUCGCCAGAAGCCGACCCAGGGCACGAGCACGAGAUUCUACACUGUGGAUCGUUGCCAAUCCGGGGUGCCGACAAACGUGCCGUCCUUCGGGUGCUCCAGACGAAACGACUCUUGGAGAUGCAGAGAGUGCUGGAACGGCUGCGAGAAACGUUACUUUCUCUGAUAGUCCGUUGAACGAAUACAUCUGUUACAAUUCUUACGAACCCUUAAGCAAAACCCGUAUACUGAAAUCGAUUGUGUAAUGAAGAAGUUCGUAGGCGUCGGACGCAAUCAUGUGCAGGAACCACAACAAACCUGGGAAAUUGGCUCAUUCGCUGCAGUAUCAAGCGGUCGGUGACAUCCGUGCCAGUUAUAGGCUGAUAGGUCGGCCCGUUUCCUUGUAUCGGAGAAUACAACGCGGGCUUUAAAUUGAUUUUCUCGCCGCUUUUUUUUGGAGA